AUGUCUUCAUCGGAAGGCGCGCCGGAGUCGUGGAUCUCCUCGUUCUGCUCGUUGAUGGGUCACGAGUUCUUCGCGGAAGUGUCGGAGGACUUCAUUGAAGAUGACUUCAACCUCACAGGCCUGCAGUCCCAAGUGCCUAUGUACAAGGAGGCCCUGGAGAUGAUCCUGGACGUCGAGCCGGAGGAGGACGAGGAGGAAGAAGAGGAAGAAGAAGAAGAGGACGAUGAUGAUGAUGUGCUGGGCGAUGAUCGCCCACCUGGGUACCGAAGGGCCGGCGAUCGGCGGCACACCCGCGUGGCGAGCGAUUUGAGUGUCAUUGAGAGCUCUGCCGAGCUGUUGUAUGGCCUCAUCCACCAACGGUACAUUACAUCGCGGCCGGGAAUCCAGCAGAUGCUGGAGAAAUACGAGAUGCAGCACUUUGGUGUCUGUCCGCGCACCAACUGCAAUGGAUGCAAGGUUCUCCCCGUGGGCCGGUCCGACACUCCCGGCCAGGAAACCGUCAAGCUCUUCUGUCCCGGCUGCCAGGAUCUCUACACGCCUCCCAACAGCCGCUUCCACUCAGUUGACGGAGCUUUCUUCGGCACAACCUUUGGAUGUCUGUUCUUCAUGACCUUCCCAGACCUUGAUAUCGGUCCACGCCUCGACACCUCUUUGUCUGUGGUAUCACCAACACAACCCGUCAGCCAAUCCCGAUCUUCGUCUCUUGCCCGCACAAUCGCCGCCAUCCGAGAAUCUCCCGAGCCAGUAGACCAGCCACUGGAGAUCAACGGCACGCGCACUGCGAACUUCUCCACAGGUCUCGGGAGAGGAAAACUUUACGAGCCGCGCAUCUACGGCUUCCGCGUCUCAGAGUUCUCGCGUUCCGGACCACGCAUGAAAUGGUUACGCAUGAAACCGCGUGAUAUCCGCGAGCUGGACGAAUACACCCGCCGCGAAGAAUUGACCGCGAUCCACGAGAAGAGGGCCCAGGACGCUCGCGACCGCGCCGCAGCAGCAGCCGCCGCUGAUAAGGACGGUGACACAGAAAUGAACGCCGAUCAGUCGCAGGACGCGCAGAUCGCUGGCCGGAAAAAGGCUCCUAUGCGACGGCGACGAAAGGCUGCCGGCGAAGCAUAA